CGCCGCUUGGUGCGGGAGUGCGGGAGUAGAACUGUAUAGUGUAAAACGAACCUAACCUCAAAAAACAUUAACGUGCCGCGGUUAUUUCGCAGGAAUGUUUCUCCGCGUCUUUUCAAGUAACGCUUAACGAAACUGCCUCCGCGAGUGGAAUGAAGAACCGCAAGGUGACGUGGGCCAACCUGGAGCUCGCCGGUCUCCUCGAGGACGAGGAGUCUCACGUGCACUUCACGAGGACCACCAAGCACCUCUCGCUACAUCCGUACUACUUGAAUAACGUUCAGGGCGGUCUGAAUGAGAUAUUAAGAUCGUCGUUGAAUACUUACGACAAAGAGUUGAAAGGGUUUAUACUAGCAUUUAGGAAUCUUAAAUUGCUUAACAAUCUGGGAGAGACGCUCUACGACUCUCCGUACAUUCAUAUUGACGUUGAAGCAGAUUUUUAUCUGUUUUGUCCAACAAACGGGACUUUCCUGAAAGGCAUAGUGACAAAGAAGGGCCUGGACCAUAUCGUGGUACUGGUGCACAAAAUAUAUACUGUGUCUAUUCCGAAACCAGACGACACGGAGGAAUGGGCAGGAGACUUGGUAGAGAUUGGCCAGGAAGUGAGAUGUUGCGUAAAUGAAGUAGACAACAGGAGUAAACCUCCUUUUAUCCGCGCCACUUUGAGGUUCGAUUACUCGCAAGGUUGUCGAGCGCCGGAAAGUAUAAAUAAUAUUGACAAUGUGGACAGUGCAAUUAACUCUGUGAAGAUUGAAGUUUCUACUGGUGGAGUCUCAGAAGACAAUGACGUUUCUGAAAAAGAGAGGAAAAAGCACCAAAAGAAACGCAAGAAGUCUCGCGAAAGUAAUUCCGACUUUGUCGUUAAAGUUGAAAACGAAUUAGAGUCAAACGACAACUUAGAGAGCGAUAUUUCCAGAAUUGUCAAGUCUGAAAAGAAACGUCAAAGUAUGCAAGAUACUGUGUUGAAAACUGACGAUUCUAUAAAUAAUCUGGAAGUCGAUAAUAUCCCUAAAAAACAUAAGAAGCGUAAGAGAUCACUGCUCGAGGAGGAUACAAUUUCGGCUAAUGGAGUAUCCGAAGACACUGAUGCUUCUGAGAAAGAGAGGAAACAGCAUCGAAAAAAACACAAGAAGUCUCGUGAAGAUGAUUCCAACUUAGUCAUUAAAGUUGAAAAUGAAGAGUCAAGUGACAACUUAGGGAGCAACAUUUCAAAAAUUGUCAAGUCCGAAAGAUAAACCUAGUAAAAUAAAACAAACUAAAACACAUAAUUGAAAAAUAGUUCAAAGAUUAUAUUCGCGACAUUAAAAAGAUAAGAUUAAGCAGAUCGAAUUAAAUUCCAAGGUAAAAUUUUAAAAUACAAUAUUUUCCGUACGUUUCUACAUUCCCAUUACUCUACUCACUACUAUAUUUUCUCAUUAGUAUACAUGAUGUAAAUAAUCGCAUAGUUUCCUGUAUAUUGCAUGUAAAAAAGAAAUUCUCGUUUUAUACAUUUGUAAUAAUAUAGAAACGACGAGAAAUAUUUUGCAAUUACGUGUUUCAGUAUGUUUUAUUUCUCAACUCGAAUUAUACUUCUAUGGAGAAUGCAAAAUUUUUUAAUACGAAUUUUAUGACCUUUUGCCAAAAUUUUUUAAUACGAAUUUUAUGACCUUUUGCCAAAAUGUAUUCCAAUAGGUUUAAUGAAUGUAAUAGAGAAUUUGUUCCGUUUGUUUCAAAAUAUCGCUCAUUUGGAAACUUGUACAUAAGAAAGAACAUCUCCCAACAAAUAAUUCAAAUUCGUACACAAGAGAUUCACCAUCAUUUAUUUAUACCGAUUGCGGUUAGACACUCGAGAUGUGUCUUGUGAAUAUUUGUUGUCUCUUCUUUUAAUAUUGAACAAUAAAUUACAACAGUAUGUCA